AUGAGAAUUUCGAAACCAUAUUUGAGAAGUACCUCCAUCCAGUGUUAUUUGUGUUUACUUUUAAACAGUCAUUUUUUAACUGAGGCUGGCAUUCAUGUCUUCAUUUUGGGAUGCUUUAGUGCAACUCUCCCUAAAACAGAGGCUUAUUGGGAGGAUGUAAUGCUUGAUUUGCACCAAAUUGAAAAUCUUAUUCAAUCUAUCCAUAUUGAUGCCACUUUAUAUACUGAAAGUGAUGCUCAUCCUAAUUGCAAAGUAACAGCAAUGAAGUGUUUUCUUAUGGAGUUCGAUGUUAUUUCACAUGAAUCCAAGAAUGGGAACAUCAGUGAAACAGUAAAGAACCUUGUCUUCCUAGCAAACAGCAGUUUAUAUUCUAAUAGGUAUAUAACAGAAUCUGGAUGCAAAGAAUGUGAGGAACUGGAAGAAAAGAAUAUUAAAGAAUUUUUACAGAGUUUUCGACACCUUGUGCAAAUGUUCUACAACACUUCUUGA